CAAUGAUGUGACUGUGCAGGCCGGAGAGUCUCUCCACGCCUCUCUCGGUCUGUCUGUCUGCCUGUCUGUCUGUCUCGGAGCGACGCUCAAACUCUGAAAACACAAUUACACGCCGAGGCCGAGUGCGUGGAUAUCAUGCAGUCACAUGAAACCACUUUAUUUCUAGCCGAUCAACACACGGACCAGCGCUGCUCUUCGUCGCUUCGGUGCCGUUUUCUCUGCGUGUAACCGGAGGGGGGGAGACUCGGGACUCGGAGGCGGACAACAGGAAUGUUUCUUCCGCUUCCAAAGAGUGUCAAAACCGAACGGAAGCCGAUGUGGUCGGUGUAGUCUGUCAGUGAAGUUUUGAACUCCCACCUUCACUUCCACUGCUUGUGCCUCAUUGAACGCUGUGUGACUCAGCCCAGCUACCGACUUUGGUUUCCCCCAGCCGCUGCAGGAAAAACCAUUGAGACAAGAGAGCAGCCUCUGUCUCUAGAACUGCAACUGACCUCUUACUGCAUGUCUCAGAGCGCUCACCGACCCCCCUCCUCUUUUUCCUCCCUCCACUCCUUCUCAAGGACCUACAUUUCCACAUAACCAUCCCCUCCAAACCUUCAGCCAGCUGUUACCUGGUUCAUCACAGGCACAGUUGUCAGUUGCUUCCUCUUGGAAAAAGGUUCGAACGUUGUCCCCCGACCAGCCCCCAACUGGUGCUCGUUCAGUGGGGGAGGGAGGGGAAGGAAGGCCACUGAUUGCUGUGCCGCUUUCCCUGGAGAUGAAGCUGCAGGCUGUCAUGGAGAACCUGCACAGGCAGCAGAGGGCCAAACUGUUGAUGGAGCAGCAGCUGCAGCAGCAGCUGCAGCAGCAAGCCGCCGCACAACACACUCAGGUCCGCACAGGUGGAGGGGAUGAGCCGAUGGGGAGCCCGGCCCCUGAGGCAGAGCAGGCCCAGAUGGCAGCACUGGCAGCCAUGCGUGCUGCAGCGGCCGGGCUGCAGAGGGUGUCAGACAGCCCCAUGUCAGAACGCAGCAGCGGUGGCGAAGAGGAAGGCGACGAUGAUGACAAUGACGAAGGGGAGGAGCCCUACAAGGACAUGAUGGGAUCAGAUGAAGAGGAGCAGAUCAAACAGAAAUGGGACGAGGAGGACUUUGAAGGUGAGAUGGAAGAAGACUUUGACGAUGACCUGACAGAAGAAGGUCUGCCGACGGCCCAUGAUGCUGUGGCCCCAGGGAAGGGCAUCCUCCUGCUGCCUCACCGCCAGCUCCACCCCCAUUCCCAGCUGUUGAAGGUCCGUCCCAGUGUCGAGCAGGAGCCGCGAGUAGCCAUCCUCCCUCCACAUGCUACGCACAGCCAUCUAGGUGGGCAGGACCACGGAGAAUGGACCUACGAGGAGCAGUUCCGACAGCUGUAUGAACUGGAUGGAGACCCAAAGAGAAAAGAAUUUCUGGAUGAUCUCUUCAGCUUCAUGCAAAAAAGAGGAACUCCUGUGAAUCGUAUUCCCAUCAUGGCCAAACAGGUCCUGGAUCUGUACAUGCUCUACAGGCUGGUGACGGAGAAGGGCGGCCUGGUGGAGGUCAUCAACAAGAAACUGUGGAGGGAGAUCACCAAGGGACUCAACCUGCCUACCUCAAUCACCAGUGCAGCCUUCACCCUCCGCACACAAUACAUGAAGUACCUGUACCCAUAUGAAUGUGAUAAGAGGGGUCUCAGCAACCCCAAUGAGCUUCAGGCAGCAAUUGACAGUAAUCGACGGGAGGGCAGACGACAGAGCUUUGGCAGCUCCCUCUUCACUUACUCACCCAACGGGACGCCCACCAUGCUGUCUUCGCCAAAGCUCCCCACACCUGGUGUGGGCCUGACAGUGGGAACCAAUGGGGCUUCGUUGACCCCCAUCCAGAAGAUCAAGAAAGAGGAGGGAGGCCAGCCGUUGCCGGGGGUUGGUGUGGCUCGUUUGCCAGCGGGGGCCUUGGCAGGUCACUCGGUGGCUGCUGUGCAGGCAGCGGCAGCCCAGGCAGCGAUGGCAGCUCAGGUGGCUGCUCUGGAGCAGCUGAGGGACAAACUGGAGGCGGGUGAGCCACCAGAGAAGAAGAUGGCGCUGCCAGCCGAGGAGCACCACCGACUGCUGCAGAGAGCUCUGCAACACAACCUGCUGGCCAUGACUGCUCAGAUACCUAUGAACAUCCGCAUUAACAACCAAGAUGGCAGGCAAGACUCUGCUCUGAACCUCACCACCAAUGGCACAAGCAGCAUCAGCAUGUCAGUGGAGCUCAAUGGAGUGGUGUACACUGGCGUUCUUUUUGCUCAGGCAGCAGCAGGGUCAGUCUCGUCUGGUGCGUCUGCAUCGUCCAUCUCCAACAAGGCUGUCAGCAGUCGUGUCGCUCCACAGCAGCAGCAGAACACACCUACCUCAACCUCCAGCAACCCGUUGUCUUAACAAACUCCCAGCCUUUUCACUUUAUUUUCUUUUUUAAUUACCACGCUAAGUAAAGCCAAAAAGCAACCUCAUUUUCUAUAUUAUCUAUGCCAAAAAAACGAGGAGAACCAUAAACCACACCGAAAGACACAAACUGAAACUCAGUUCUCUUGAAGUACACUAUCUCAGGUUUUCUCUCACAAACUCACCUCUUUUGUUCUUCAUCGCCAAAAUGAGUUUAAAAAAAAUCCCAACUGAGAGCCAGUAUAUGCUAAACAAAUACGUAUGCACAACCUGUGAAUUAUUUAUUUCUGCAUAAAUGUACAGACUAUUGGAGAACAAAAGAGAAGGUAAUAACUUGGAAGGGUAACACAUUGUUUACACACACAAACACAGCUACUGACUGACAAUGAUGUUUUAUCCUCUAGGGGAGAGAUUUUUUUUAGAAAAUUUUAUUUUAACUCUUCAUUGUCAAUAUUAUCAUUAUUGUUAUUCUCUUUAUUGUGUUUUAUCAUUUAAAUCUUUAACAAUCCUCUCUGCAGGAAAAAAAAAACUAUAUAUUUAGAAUUCUAUAAAAAAAAAAGAAAUAUGAAUAUUCUCUAUUUUUAAUCAGAAGAGCUUUAAAGGUAUGUGUUGUUUCUUCAGGGCAUAUAACAAUGUACCGUUGUGACCUCAUUUUGUGUAAAACCUUAGAACCUUAUUCACAUGGCAGCCAUUUUGGAUCUCUAUGUGGAAGAACAAGUCCAGUGCAAGUCUGUGCUCCGGUUGUUUAAAGAGAUACACAUCAUAUCAAUGCCACAGGUGGUCCUGUGAAAUUGAAAAAAGGAUCUUUUAAUCACUUUUUAACACUUUUGGUCCAUUAUUAAUCACUACCGCACUCUAGGUAGUAGCUUAUUACAGGGCUACAUAGCUGUUGUGGUUUUUCUUCCAUAGACAGCUGGCUCAUUUAUAUCUAACAUCCACUCCUGUUUGUUGACAUAAGGCCAGUUCAAGACAUAUCUAUGCCAAUCUUGCAGGUGGUUUGUAAAGCUUAGUGUUCAAAAUGGCUGUUUAAUAGGUGUAAGGUCAGUUGUGCAGGUAGUAAAACGUUUCUUGAGUGUUUCGCCUCCCCACACCUCAUCAUGCCCGGACUUUUCUCCCGAACCGACUGUUCCUGUUCGGGGUUCAGACUUUACGGGAAUAAUGCAAGUUUUCAUGAUUGUUCUCAGGUGUCUCAUCGCUUUGUACAGUAUCCUGCAGUCUUCUAUUGCACUCGACAGAGCAAUGCUUUUCCAGGUCCGUUUUAUCUUUAACUUUAACUUGGCCUUCUUGUGGAGUGAUUGUCAUAAGCUCAGAUGCAUGCAUGUAUUUGUAGAUGAAAGAACCCCAAUCAGAAAUGAAGUGAUUUUAAAUUCACAGUAGCUGAGUGUCCACUAAAUAGUUAUUAUUCUGGAGAUGCUCACAUGGACAAUCAGGUGUCAGGAGAUCCUAUCUGGACUUCAGAAGAAACCUGACAGUUAGUUCAGCUCCUAUCUGAUAUCUUGUUGUUUUUUUGUAUUAUAGCUCACAGAUGCUUUUAUUUUUUGUUUCAGCUUUGUGUUUUGCAUGACUUAGUGCUUUUUCUGAUCCAAGUGCUUCUUAUCCUGUGCUGUGACGUGGACGGAGUCUCCUUGAGACUAGCUUGCCACAUAUCAAGGAUAUAACAGAGAAUGUCUUGUGAUCUUCUGACUAUUCAGCUGUUGCUUAAUUUGGGCUUCAUAAAACGAGAGCUGAGAGGUAAUCAUAGCUCCAGCAGUGUGUUUGCUUGUGUGUUAGUGUUUGUACGAGACAACGUGUCACUUCAUAGUUAUGUCCGUGCAUUUUGAAGUAGAUCAAUCAUUCAGCUUUUUGAACUUUAACCUGUGUGACCUCUCUGGACUGCUGGCUGUUAAAGAUUGUUACUCCCCCCUUUCGACCCCACCGCUACGCAAAGCAGCCUCAUUCCUACUGACGUUAGGAAGUAAAUCAGGCUUUGUAUGUGGGUUCUGUUCUGAGGCCUUAACACAGCGUGAGAUGACCAGAGAGCAAGCAGUACCUCCGUCUAAUCAGUUUUUACUGUUCCAGUCAAAUAUCAACAGAUGGCCGUCGUGGCUUUGAUUCUAGACUCCCCUCUCGGUGGGAAGUCACCACCAGCUGAUACACAAACAGCAGUCAGCUUUGGAAAGUAUUCCUGGUUCUCAGAUAGCAGCAACGGCGCAAAUAAUCAUCAAAAUGUUGAACUUAAGCUUUUGUAAAAUAGUGAGAGAGCUCCCAAAGGACUGAACUGCCCAGCCUCACUUUUUGUAUUACUGCAGAAUCAGAGGUUUAGUUCCAUUUCUUUUUUUUUCUUUUUUUUUUUAAAUUUGCCAGAAGUACUCUGAAAGCAGAAAUAGCAUCUGGUUGAGUCAUCUCAGUUUUGGGGAAAAGUUGUUGAAACUCAGGUCAAAAUGUUUAAAUAAUUUGAAUUCUGAAUGUGAAGCAGCUAAUGAAAUCAGUUUUGUUGAUAUCAAAGGCCUUAGAUGAAACUUUUAAAAAAAAAAACAAUAUUUAGAUACUGAUGCUUUGCUCUGCAUUGGGACAAUCACAAGGUCAAGGCAACAUCUACAAAUAUAAUGUGCUGCUGUUCUUCAACUAGUUUAUGCAUUUGAGCUAAUUGGCAAGUUUGAUAUCGCAUCUUUAAUUGAACAUAUUUUGAAUGUUUGAUUUCGCAUUAGCUAGACCACAUGAAGUCUCAACAAUUUCACUAAAAUCAGAGACUACAGAAAUAGCAACUCUGCUACUUAGUUAGCUAGGCUAGUUAGCAUUCAGACUACAUUAUCCGGUGCCUCAUUCUUCUCUCCAUUAUCAUUUAAAAUUUAGCAAUUGCAUCACUGAUGUGGUAUAACAAGCUCAAUCAAUGAGAUUUUUAAGCAUGAAGAUAGUUUCUUUUCAAUUCCAGGAAACAGAAAUCAACUUGGUAGAUUAGCUUCGGAUAAAGCUAUCUUACCUGCUAGCUUGAAUUAGCCACAGUGAAGCAGAGUCAGUCUGAUUUUUACUUGAUUUUUUUCCUUCUUGUGAAUUUAUGCUGUUUUCCUUAAACUUGUACAAUUGAUUUGAUAAUGUCUGUGUUAAUGUAAGAUGGUCUUCACUCACUUUCAUCAAAUAUGUAAUUAUUACCAUUGCAGGGCAGCAUAUGCUAGAGUAACAGUCUGUACACGCAGUACUAACGAGUACAUGUACAUGAUAGGCCUCACUAUGGAAACAGAAAACAAGAAAACCCAAGGAAGAGAAACUUCAUAUACAUUUCUUGACGUGUUCGUUCCUGCUUGUUUUGUCAUUGUAAGCUGGCCACAUAUAUUAUGGCGGAAAAAAAUGUUGUCGCUUCUAUUAUUCAGUUUAAUGGCUCACAGACGGACUAGUGUUUCUCUUCAUGCCUCUCUGUCAACUGUUCCACUACAGUGCCGAUGCUGGUGCCAAUCUUUACUCAGUUCCAACUUUUACCCAAAACUGCUGGAUUAAAAAUUGGAACUAAUGACAUCUGUGCAUCCAGAGAGAUGCACAGAACAUGACUGUAAUCAUGCAACACAAUGAAGACAAUGUUCAAUUUUGUACAAUAUAAUAAGAAUUGAUAAUAGUCGCCUAAUUUACAGCAACUCUGAGGUUCAUUAUUUACACUACAUGAACACUAAUUUCAUAAUCAUUCUGUGAUUUCUGGCCCACUGAAAAUUUGGGCCCAGUGUUCGGUUGCAGAACGUUCGGUGUAAAAAUGCGGGCUGGUUCUCAAAAGGUACCGAGGCAGAACCAGCUCUGUACUGUUCUGAUGGAAAACAGGCAGAAGAGAAGCAGGUGUCACAGUCGCUGGUAAUGGCUGACAAUCAAAUAGAGGCACAAUGUGGCUGAAAGUAGGGGGGAGGGCUCCUGAAGAAAGCUAAAUUCAAUCAAUGCUGAUCUAAAGGAUCAACGUUGCUUUUUUAGAUUUGACCCUGUGACCUUUUGGCCCCCAAGGCAACAUUCAAGCACCUGCCCCCUUCAGUGGAUCCAUGUUUAUCGUAUAUCUAUUGACUGCGUCCGUCAGAUAUUUGCAUUUGAACAGUGGAGGUGCUGCAGCUCUCUCUUUCACUCUUUCUGUCUCUCUGUGCAUAGCAGCAUUUUCAGGGAAGGUUGGCAUGUUUUUAAUUGCGUGGUAGCGACAAUCAGGAGAUGUUAAGACAACACUGUUGCCCUCCAAACACUCUGACAUCCCUUUAACCACUAUCAAGCCACGUUUCUACCUCAAGACUAAAGCUUUGGCAGAUUUCUGCGCAUCAGCCACAACAGAGAAUCCUGUCGAAAGGUGUGUUCAUGUAGGAAAACCUCAUCAAAAAGAUGUUGAUGCUGGUUCACACAGAAUAUGAAAGAGAUUGUGACGACCACAGACAAUCAGAUAUUACCGGAACUCUGUCUCUCACCUUUAAUCGAUACUCAUUUUAGUUAGCAAGGGGACUUACAGAGGUUGGUGUCUUUGAGGACCUAGCCUCUGUGGUAACAGCUCCCCCCAGUGGAAGAUGUUGAUAUGACGCACAAUCAGUUAAGUUUCCCUAAAUGGAAAAACAAAAGGGUUUAAAGGCUUCACAAAUUCACUUUACUUCAAUAGAAAAUACAUCUUUUCAGUGUUCAUAUCCUCAAUUUCCUUAUAGUGUUUUCAGAGUUGUGUCCUUGUCGGACUGUAAAAGCCUUUAAAUCAGCUUGUAGAUAAAAAUGAGACAUUAAUUCUCAGUUGAAACUAGACUGAAUUGUCUAUUAGAGGGAGGGGCUCUUCAAGGCAUUCAAAUUAGGAGAUAAUUCAGAAAAACAACCCAACCAGUACAUUAUUUCUAUAACCAACCAUCUUGUCUUGCCUGUGUCUCUGUAGCAGUGAUGAAGAAGGAUCCUCAGCAUCAGAGGCAGCUGAGUUCUGAAAUUUUAAGUCGCAGUGUAGCUGUUAAACUGUAUCUGUGUUUGCUCUGUAGUGGCUGGUAUGAAACUCAAAGCAGAUUUUGGUUAAAACCAGUAUUUCUUCCUGAAUGCUGCAUCUCUGCAUCUGUAGGCGUUUUUCAUCAUUACAUUAGAUGAUGUUCACGCAGGGCUUUGGCUUUCUUUUCUUUCUUUUUUUUUGUCAAAGUUGUUGUGUGUUAGUACAGUUAAAAGGCUUGGAUUAAUUACAGAAGUCUGCUUGUUUGAUGCUGUUGUACAGAUUGGAAAAGUGGCUUAGCCGGACUAAUUGUCAUUGCAUUCUUAAUUAAGUACAUUUUGUUUUGUCUUGGAGCUUAAUUUCCUGACGAUAUAAUCAUAUCAGCACAAAGUCUCUUGUGAUUGACUGGCUCACUCAAAUCAUGUCUUUCAAGUGUUUUACCUUGAAAUAUUGCUGCUUUUUGUCCUACCAGAGCUGUAGAUAAAAUAACUCGCUAAGAUCUUACCAGGUCCAGAGCGGCUUGCAUGGAAAACAAACUCCUGUUCCCACAUGCUGCCAACAUGGACAUUUUGCUGUAACAUUUACAGGUUAAGGUGCAUGUGGGUUCAGUGCUUAUGACUGGACUUUACCACUGACUUUACCUCCAUUAGGUGGACUGUGGACAGGGAAAAUGAUAUUGAGAAAAUAACAAGAUGCCUUCUGCUGUGACAAUUGUAUGAAUUAACCUGUAUUAAGAAGAUUCAUUACAUAGAGUUUUUCUGAAAUAAGGCUUUUUAGGGCGAUGGUUUAUAUCAUGUUUAUAUUGGGUUUUUUGUUUUUGUUUUUUUUCUAUUUCUUUGCCUUUUUUUUUUUUUUUUGCUUUUUUGGACAUGCUGUAGGAACCCCCAGCACACAGAGAUUACUUCUAGAGCAGGUUUCUGAAUACAGCGAUGAUGAUAAUAAUGUGAUUAUUUUAGGGAAGCAUGUGACGUGCGUGUGUGUGAGCUUCACGUGUCUUCGAGUAUCUUCAGAACGGAAACAACGCUCUGUCUCUCGUCUCUCACAACUUCUCAGGAAUAUCUACCUCUACCUCCAGUUUGAUGCAUUUAACCCAGUGAGGGGCUCAAGUUCCAGUUUUAAGCGUGAAGAGGGCAUAAAGAGCGAGCACCAGGGUCCGAAAUCAACUUUAACAUCCCAAAUCAGACAUGAUGACGCUGUUUUCUGAGGCUACGCGUGAACUGAAAACAGAACAGGUUUCUUUUCACCCUGGUUUAGGAGGUUUAUUUUGAACACUGGGACGGCUCUGUGUGUCUGUGUUCCUCUCUCCUCGUCGUUACACAUUCGUAACACUUCUGCUGUUCAGUUUAUUUGAGCACCAACAACGGAACCUCCAGCUCAACAGCUAACUACUACUAGUACUACAAGUACUGCUUCUCGUACCACUGUUAGUACGGCAAGUCUCUUUUUUUGAGUUUUCUCAGUCUGCUCUGUUAAUGUGUGCUUAUUCCUCCUUUUUCUAUAAAUGAUUACCUUUUUUUGAUGAAUGGGAUGUUUCCCGGUAACCACGGCGACAGUGAAGUGGCGGCAGGAAAUGCAAGUGUUUUUACUUUUCUUUGUUUUGUUUUUUUUCUCUCUUUUUUUGGGAAGGGUGAAGAGCUAUUCUUGCCUAUUUACUCAAUAUGUGUUUGUGUGAAUACUUUUAUUUUGAAUCUGAAAUGAAUAAAAUAUCACCUUUCUUAAAUGUCAA